AUGGUAAUCCCUGCUCCCGAGGUUGGUCCGUGGAAAGACCUUAUCAACAUGUCUGACUAUGGUGGCGAUGAUGCUGGUGAUUACGACGACGGCCCAGCCAUCGAGUUCGACGAGGAGGAACUACCCGAUAUCCUCGAAGAAGAAGAUGAAGAGCAGCAUGGCGGUGGGGGAGAAGACGCGGACAACGCAGAUGGAAACGACGACAACAUAGUGGCCUCAGGAGACGCAGCAGCUGCGAACAAGGACAAGUCUACCAACACAGUGGAAAGCGAAAAGUCAAGGAGGGUGGACAACGAUAAGCGCACCACUACCCCAUACAUGACCAAGUACGAGCGAGCGCGUGUGUUGGGAACAAGGGCAUUGCAAAUCAGCGGGAACGCCCCCGUCUUGAUCGAUGUCGAAGGCAUGACAGAUCCUCUUCAGAUCGCCGCCAAGGAGCUGCAGGAGAAGAAGAUUCCUCUGGUCGUACGGCGCUAUCUGCCUGAUGGCUUCUACGAAGACUGGACAUGUGAAGAACUUUUGACGUAG